AUAUUCUUAUUGGUAAGACUUUAAUCAUAUGACAGUCAUUCGUCUGCAUUCAAGAAAUAUGGGUGUAAUAAUGGCUCUAUUUUGCCUGACCCUUGUUUUAUCAAUCCUUGGUGCUAAUGGCGCUGGAGAGUUCAGUGUGCUCCAUAGCCCAGAGUCCUUAAAAUUCUCGGGUACCUCUGAAGUCGAGGAAAGCUUACUUAAAGAGAUAUUCUCGGCUUCUUUUGGUCUCUCCGUUGAUCAGAACUCUGCAUGGAAUGGAUUAUCAAUCGUCGAUCCCUUCAACACUCCAGAAGCUAUUGUCGAGGUUUAUGUUGAAGGUGUAUCUAGCCUUGGCAGUAUUGUUGAAUCUAAAGGAAGAAACUAUCCGCUAGUGGUGGAUGAGUAUGAACCGGACACAUUCAAUGUCAUCAAACAUAGGAUUGAGCAGCGUUUCAGCAAUGGUGGAAACAUACUCACAAAUAUCCAGCUUUCCAACCCCGGAGAGUUUCAGUCUUUCUCUGCUGUGUUUGGUGAUAUGGCACCACCAAAGGUACCGAAGCAAACGCUGCAGCAUUUAAAAAUCAGUGUUGAAGAAGAUUAUCAAUUUUUGGCUGAAUUGGAGGCUUUGAAACUUUUCAUUAGCAAGAUCAAUGCAGGUGCAAUCAGCCCGGACAACAUCAUUGAUUUCUACAACUUCAGAUUCCGUUCACUGCACGUCUUGUCCGACCUCCACGGUCCCAACUCCUUGCAGACUAAGGAGGCAAAGAAACUUUUAGGCGAGGAGCUGAUGGAGCUGAGCAAGGCGUUCUCGAAGGCGUACGACGGCGCGGUGCUGGUGUCGGUGGUGUGCACGGACGUGGCGCACACGCGGCGCGCCGUGCGCCACGUGCGUCUGCCGCGCCAGGCCCCCACGCCCCCCACCACCACCGCCUCGCCGCCCAGCGCCACGGCAUACUCCGCGGACUACGCUGCCAUCUUCAACAUCCUGCUGUGGUUCGGCGUCAUCUUCACGUUCACUCUGGUCGCCAUCGUGUACGCCAUCAUGGACAUGGACCCCGGCAGGGACUCCAUCAUCUACCGCAUGACCAGCACGAGGAUGAAGAAAGAUAAUUAAACCACAUUACUGUUUCUGAUGCCUUCACAGAGCACCUAAGUCAGUGCACUCACUGCUAAUGCUUGACCACAG